CUGUAACGUACGUACUGGGCACAUCUUGUGUGCCACUGCAAAUCCUCUUGGCCCCAUUUCUUACUCCAUUACUGCUGUGGAACACUUUCCAGCAGACUUCUGAUAGCAGAAGCCAUUUGAUGGCACCUUGUCUUGGGCCCAUGUCACGGCUCUCUUGCUUCCUUCUGCAGGGAUCUUCUGACACUGUGGCUUGGGAUGUCCACUGGAACCCCACUGUAUCAUACAUAUGCAGCCCAAAGAUGUUGGGGAGCUAGUGACUUUGGGGCCACUCUUGACUAAUGGGAGGUGGAAGCCCGAUAGAUAAGUGCUCUCCCUUCCCUCUGCUGGGAAGACAGUUCUGCAAUGCAUUUCAUAAACUUCCUCAGAAAAUCCUAUCACGUUGAGCUCCAGUCACCCAUAGCAGUGGCCAACUCAAUAAUAAUACAUCCCUAUGUUAUCUUUCUCUUUUUUCCUUUUCCACUCUUCUACCCCUUCCUCUGGUUCCCUCAGAUCACUUCCCAAAUAAAUUACUUGUAUAACAACACUUACAGGUAUAAGAACAUUUGUCUUAGGCUUUGCUUUUGGGCAAGGGAUAAACUCAAGCUAAGAUGGUAAGUACCAGGAAUGGCCUUUGACAGCAAAGACUCAGGAUAGUAUCCUGUGACUGGAUCAGUUACUUCAGUGGAUUUGGAUGAAGUGCACGUGGGAGGGGAAGUGCUAGGUUAUGCAGUAGCUGUGCCAUUACAAUGAAAUGGGACUAGUGGAAAUUAUAAAGAUUAAGUAUUCACUUCCAACUUUGAAAUGCUUUAGGAGCUUUGAAAAAGAAAAUGACACAGGCUCACGAUAGCCAUUUAACUCAAGGAAUGCUGUGAAAGCCAGAGCCCCUCUAUAGCACUCUCACGAAACUCAUCUGCAGAUGCAGAGCAUCUAAUAGUAAAGGUGGGGCCCAAAUCUAAUAGUAAAGGUGGCAAGGCUGCAAAGGAGACAGAAUGCACAGCCUUGCUAGUCCCCAGCCAAGUCAGUGCUGACACAAAAAGAAUGGAACCCUAAAUCACAAAAAGAAUGGAACCCUAAAUCACAGGAUGGGGACAUUUGUGUUGGUGAGCUGAGAAUCUUGAAUCCUCAGGUUUCCAUGAACUCUGAGCUGGCACAAGCUGUGUCCUCCAAUUUUCUAGUGGAGAAUAGCCUGCCCUUACCUUGAGAUUCUGUAAAGGCUUUAUCUGAGGCAGUUGCAUCACAAAGUAACACUUAUCCUCCUCAAGAUCCACCCUUGUUACCGCUCAUUGACUCCAAAGUAAUAACUAGGAUCAGGUGUUAGCAAACCCUAAGUUGGGGAAUAUAGUCCUUCCUCUAGGAGGAUAGGUUUCACUCUGAAUCAACUGCAGAUUCUGGUUAAAAUAUAUUGGGAAGAACCCAGGAAACAUGUCUGAGAGUAGAUCUUGAGGAUAUUGAAUCAAGGGGUGGGGUGAAGGUGGAAUAUAAGGCUUGAUAGGAGAGAGUAACAUGGGGGCACUCACUCAUGAUGCAUGAUUUAAUUCCCUGGCAAGAAUUUUUGGAGUUGCUCCUAACACAAUGCAAGGAUGGCAUAUAGAAGAUAUGAUAGGCAUGCUAGCAGUUAUCUGACAUAGUAUUGAGGAUGCAGUCAGAAAGCUCAGGGAUGUAUUUGUUGUUUGAAACUGGAGAAGCUAUCACCUGAGUUUUCCCUGGGAGGGCCCAGAUGAUAUUCAUAACUAAGGCAAAAAAAUAUAUAAUGGUAGUCAGGUACAGUGGAUCACAUCUGUAAUCCCAGCACUUUGGGAGGCUGAGGUGGGAGGAUUGCUUGAGCCCAAGAGUUCAAGACCAGCCUGGGCAACAUAGUGAGAACUCGUCUAUAUACCUACACACAUACUAGGUGGGCAUGGUGGUGCAUGCCUGUAGUCCUAGCUUUUUGGGAGGCUGAGGUGGGCGGAUGCUUGAGCCAGGAGGUCGAGGCUGCAGUGAUCCUUGAUCAUGCCAUACACUACCCUGGAUGACACAGUGAGAUCCUGUCUCAAACAACAACAAAAAGAAAUGUAAUGGUGAAGAGUAUACUGGAAACUUUGAAAAGCUUGGCAAUGGUUGAUUGACCUGUACAGGCUAGAACUGAUGAUGGAAGAUGCUGUCAUGACUAUGGGCUCUGUGGUAUCAAUGUAUAUAGAUGAUGGGAUGCCAGAAUUUUGAAGGCCAAGUUGUGGAACUUAACUGUCAGAGGCCCAAUUGACAUAAUUAACUUAAUAGGCACAUAGGCAUGAAUCUGUGAACAAGGUAAAGUUCAUGAUGUUCCAAGGGGCAAGACAGAAGGACAGCUGAUUAGGAUGUUAUUUUACUUAUAUAACUGACUCCUCUCACCCCUCAGAAAAGAAAAUUGAGAAUUGGCAAGGAGAAGGCUGACAUCAAUCUUUGUAAUGAAAAACCAUAGUUCCCCAUCCAGUUUCCAGAUCUAAAGCUCAUUAUUGAAGGGAAGGCCCAGAUCCCCUUGAGGAAGGAUCAUCAAGUAUAUUUGAUUAGGAAAGGCCACGAAAUCAUUCUACGUCACCUCUAACGUCACUGCUUGAAGCCUCGUGAAAGGAACUGGCCAUGGAUCCCACCCCAGCCUAUAAAUCACCAGGGCGCAGCCUCAGUGCGUGGGGUCGGCAGCCGCCAGCGCCAGGCCGCUCCGCGCACGCUUCUAACUAGGCGGUAGGCCGUGGCUGCCACGUGACUCCCGCUAGCACCGGAUGAUGGCGCAGCGCUGUGCACGCAGGCGCAGUGUGGGGCCUUUGCGGCCAAAGCUCGCGCGGUAAGCUUCUGCACGUGUGCUACGGCGGGCGGAGGGCCGAGAGCCCAGUAUGUGGGGCCAGGGUCACUUUUCUAGAGCUUCUGCAACGGAAAGUGUGAGUUUUUCAGGAAUUGUCCAAAUGGAUGAAGAUACACAUUACGAUAAAGUGGAAGAUGUGGUUGGAAGUCACAUAGAAGAUGCAGUCACGUUUUGGGCCCAGAGUAUCAAUAGAAAUAAGGAUAUCAUGAAGAUUGGUUGCUCACUGUCUGAAGUUUGUCCCCAGGCCAGUUCAGUUUUGGGGAAUCUUGACCCAAAGAAGAUUUAUGGUGGAUUAUUUUCUGAAGAUAAGUGUUGGUACAGAUGCAAAGUACUGAAAAUCAUCAGCGAUGAAAAGUGUCUGGUGCGGUACAUUGACUAUGGAAAUACUGAAAUUCUAAAUCGAUCUGAUAUAGUUGAAAUUCCUUUGGAGCUGCAGUUUUCUAGUGUUGCCAAAAAGUAUAAACUUUGGGGACUACACAUUCCUUCUAAUCAAGAAGUUACCCAGUUUGAUCAGGGCACAACUUUUUUGGGGAGCUUGAUUUUCGAAAAGGAAAUUAAAAUGAGAAUUAAAGCAACCUCUCAAGAUGGAACGGUUAUUGCUCAGGCUGAGUAUGGCAGUGUGGAUAUAGGGGAAGAAGUGUUUAAGAAAGGAUUUGCAGAGAAAUGCAAACUUACUUCCAGAACUGACAUCUGUGAGGAAAAAAAAUUGGAUCCUGGUCAACUUGUUCUCAGGAACCUCAAAAGCCCCAUUCCUUUGUGGGGGCAUAGAUCAAACCAGUCAACUUUCAGCAGGCCCAAGGGGCACUUAAGUGAGAAGCUGACUCUUGACUUGAAGAAUGAAAAUGAUGCAGGAAAUCUUAUGACAUUUCCAAAGGAAAGUUUGGCUGUUGGUGACUUUAAUUUAGGGUCUAAUGUCAGCCUGGCAAAAAUUAAGCAGGACCAGAAACUGAUUGAAGAAAAUGAAAAACUUAAAACAGAGAAGGACGCUCUUCUCGAAAGUUAUAAGGCAUUAGAAUUGAAAGUAGAACAGAUUGCCCAGGAGCUGCAGCAAGAGAAAGCAGCUGCUGUGGAUUUGACUAAUCACUUAGAAAGCACUCUGAAGACCUGUAUAGAUACCAGAAUGAAAAAUCUGGCAGCUAAGAUGGAAAUACUGAAAGAAAUGAGGCAUGUCGGCGUCAGUGUUCGUUUCGGAAAUAACCUUUCAGAUGCUAUACAAGUGUUGGAUGAAGGGUGCUUUACUACUCCAGCUUCUUUGAAUGGAUUAGAGAUAAUAUGGGCAGAAUACAAUCUGGCUCAGGAGAAGAUUAAAACUUGUGAAUAUGUGAAUGAAGGGAAUAUUUUGAUUGCCCAAAGAAAUGAAAUGCAGCAGAAGCUGUACAUGUCAGUAGAAGAUUUUAUUCUGGAAGUUGAUGAGUCAUCUCUUAAUAAACGCUUAAAAACAUUGCAGGAUUUGUCAGUCUCUUUAGAAGCAGUGUAUGGAGAAGCCAAAGAAGGAGCAAAUUCUGAUGAAAUACUUAAAAAAUUUUAUGACUGGAAGUGUGAUAAAAGAGAGGAGUUCACCAAUGUUAGAAGCGAAACAGACGCUUCUCUGCAGCGUCUGGUAGCAUGGUUCCAAAGAACCUUAAAGGUUUUUGACCUAUCUAUGGAAGAACCACUGAUUUCUGAAGACACAGUUGAUAAUAUUGAUGAAAUCCUAGAGAAGACUGAGUCAAGUGUCUGCAAAGAGCUGGAGAUAGCUCUGGUUGAUCAAGGUGAUGCAGACAAGGAGAUAAUUUUAAAUACAUAUAGUCAAGUACUGCAAAAGAUUCGUUCAGAGGAAAGGCUCAUUGCCACAGUACAAGCUAAGUACAAGGACAGUAUUGAGUUUAAAAAGCAGCUUAUUGAAUAUUUAAAUAAGAGUCCCAGUGUAGAUCACUUGCUGUCCAUUAAGAAGACAUUGAAAAGCUUAAAAGCUCGACUGAGAUGGAAAUUGGUUGAAAAGAAUAAUUUGGAAGAGUCAGAUGACCCUGAUGGCUCUCAAAUUGAGAAAAUAAAAGAAGAAAUAACUCAGCUGCGCAAUAAUGUUUUUCAGGAAAUUUAUCAUGAGAGGGAGGAAUAUGAGAUGCUGACUAGUUUGGCACAGAAAUGGUUCCCUGAGCUGCCUCUGCUUCAUCCUGAAAUAGGGUUACUCAAAUACAUGAACUCUGGUGGCCUCCUUACAAUGAGCUUGGAACGAGAUCUUCUUGAUGCUGAGCCCAUGAAGGAACUUAGCAGCAAGCGUCCUUUGGUAUGUUCUGAGGUUAAUGGGCAGAUAAUUCUGUUAAAGGGCUAUUCUGUGGAUGUUGACACAGAAGCCAAGGUGAUUGAGAGAGCAGCCACCUACCAUAGAGCUUGGAGAGAAGCUGAAGAAGAGUCAGGGUUACUACCAUUGAUAUUCCUGUUUUUAUGUAAGUCCGAUCCUAUGGCUUACCUGAUGGUCCCAUACUACCCUAGGGCAAACCUGAGUACUGUUCAAGCCAGCAUGCCUUUAAAUUCAGAAGAAGCUUUAAAGGUCAUGAAAGGUGUUGCCCAGGGCCUGUAUACAUUGCAUAAGGCUGAUAUAAUUCAUGGAUCACUUCAUCAGAACAACGUAUUUGCUAUAAACCGUGAACAAGGAAUUGUUGGAGAUUUUGAUUUCACCAAAUCUGUGAGUCAGCGAGCCUCAGUGAACAUGAUGGUUGGUGACUUGAGUUUGAUAUCACCUGAGUUGAAAAUGGGAAAACCUGCUUCUCCAAGUUCAGACUUAUAUGCUUAUGGCUGCCUUUUAUUAUGGCUUUCUGUUCAAAAUCAGGAGUUUGAGAUAAAUAAAGAUGGAAUCCCGAAAGUGGAUCAGUUUCAUUUGGAUGAUAAAGUCAAAUCCCUCCUCUGUAGCUUGAUAUAUUAUAGAAGUUCAAUGACUGCUGAACAAGUUUUAAAUGCUGAAUGUUUCUUGAUACCAAAGGAGAAAUCAGUUCCAAACCCAGAAAAAGAUACUGAAUACACCCCAUAUAAAAAGGAAGAAGAAAUAAAGCUGGAGAACUUGGAUAAAUGUAUGGAGAAGACAAGAAAUGGUGAAGCCAACUUUGAUUGUUAAAUUAUUAUUCUGUCAUUGUUGCAGAUGUUCUUUUUAAAAAUUUGUUUAGUUUGGUUAAUACACAGAAAUAUCUAGAAAUGUUCUGGGACUAGUUGGGUUGUAUCUUUAGUAUUCAGGUUGUGAAAAAUAAAGAUGUUUGGCUAUGCAC